CUACAGUUUCCAUUUGUUUAGCAUUGAGUGUGGUUUCUGUAGUCCGUCAAGUUUAAUUUUACACUUUGGUUGCCCCAAACGUAUUGCAAAAUCGUUGUCGCGGACUUUUCGCUUUCAGCUCGAAAAUGUGAAUGGCGAGUCCCUUGAGGGACGCCAUGUACACGGUCGUGGACAUUGACGUGGAAGAGGGCCACGGGCUGAAGACUGUGGACGCCCUCCGAAUCCUGCACGACGAAAUCAAUUCCGUCUUGGAGGAUCACGAGAGGAAGAUCCGUGACAGGUGCCCUUGGAAAGAGGGUGGGUGGUUGAGAGAUGCUCUACACUUUUCGAGCCCAAACGCCAAUCUUUGCUGGACUUCGGCUAUAGCGCUAAUCGUUUGUGGCCUUGUCCUAAUAUUUGCAGCGAUUUUUCAUGAGGAUUCAAGCUUCAACUGUGCAUUAUUGCAAGGAAUUUUCAUCAUACUCCUGGUGGCAGCAAAUAUUUCAGUGGUGUCAUGGGACUCCUGGCUCAGGCACAUGGAAAUUCCUCAGCGGGUCCGGACACUGCUAGACCAAAUUCAAAACUGCAUCCUGGCGAAUGACUGGAAAAAUGAGAACUUCCCACAGUUGUGCUGUCCGUACUCGCCAUGCAUCACUCUGCAGUGGACAAUCAGGGAUGGAAAAGUUAUAAACCUGCCAUGGGCUCUGCUGGUGAAAGGAGACCUCGUGGAGAUGAGACCUGGGCAACAGGCGCCAGGGAUUUGCACGCCAGCUGAUGGUGACCCUGACUCGCCCGACUUGCAAGCAAGAGAGGUCUACUCGCCCAAGCAGAAAAACUCUCCUACCAAUGAGGAGGAUGAGCUGAUGGCUCCCAAAAUCCGGAGGCCUCUGCAAAGCAAGCGCUACGUCCUGCAAGAGACGCCGUACCUGACCAACCUCACGUUCGCCUUGAACAAUGCCCUAAACCGGCCCUUCUCCUACCAUAACAAACUUAAGCACCUGUUGAUGAACACUGUUUCUGAAAAAUUCUUUAUCCCAGUAUUUUUGAUUCUUGCCUACCUAAUGGGUGUGUUGCGCUACUUUUACCUGGGGCAGUGGGUGGGCACCGGCCACUGGACAGAAAUGUUUCUCAUCCAGCCUGUUGCCAUCUGUCUGCCGCUUCUGCCUUUGAUAUUUCCUCUCUCGUGGACCAUUCUGAACUGCCUUGGAUUCGCCCAAAUCCAGUCGCUCUUCCAAAAGUCAAAAUCAAACGAGGUAGCUUUUAAUGCAGAAUGGAAAACUGAUGUGUCAACUCAUAGCCCUUGCGGGGUUGCUGCUGACCCCUUUGAGGAGUCUGAGGACGAGUUUCGACCGUAUGUCAGCUGGCGAGAGUGGUGGCCAAUUUUUAUGGGGUGUUUGCGAGGCCAAAGCUGUGUUCCUUGCCGAUCGGCAAACUUGCUCCACGUGUUAGGUUCUGUGACGGCACUUUGUUGCGUGGACAAAAAGGGGAUUCUCUCUUGGCCAAAUCCAACUGCUGAAAAAGUGUUUUUCCUCCGCAGCUCUUCAAAAGCCAGCUGCUCAUCUAGCGAUGAGAGCUUGAAAAAAGAAGAAAGUGACAAGGCUUCCACUGUUGAAAUUGGUCAGGAGGAGAAAUUGAACAGCAGUCUGGAAGAGAAUGUGGAAAAGGAACAAGAAUCAAAUGAAGUAAAGCGAGAAAAUGGUAACAUUAACAUUGAGGCUUUGGACCCUGAAGAAUUUGAAAACGCUCGUCUCACACCGCAAACUGUUGCCGAAGUUUUGGACUUGACCCAUGACCACUCUAGUCCAUUCCGCCUUCACUUUGACGACCCUGGCUGGCGGAAGCACAUCAACUCCCUAAAGCCGCUGGGACUGUCCAUUUUACUUAACACGUGUAACAUGUCGACGCAGGAGCAUUACACGCAGUUCUGCUCGCACGUCACCUGCGAGGCAAUGCACUCUGAACAUUUGGUGCCGGUCACCAACCGCAGGCACCCAAAAUACACAGGAGAGAUGAACCUUCUGCCAGGCACCAAUAAGUGUCUUUGUGAAUUGGCUAAACAAAUCGGGUUCCAAGAACAAGCUCAGGAGGCAUUUUCCUUGGAGCAGCAGCUAUCCACCUUCAGGCAUGUGCAACCAGAGGCCGUUCGACGAGACAUUCGAUUUGCAAGAUCUUUGUCUCUGGCGAAACUCAAGUUUCCGUUUCCGCACAUGGUGGCCGUUGUUGUCAAAGAAAAGCACAGCGGCAAUCUCCAGUUGCUGUCCCAGGGAACAGCCGACAUCAUUCUAGACUCGUGUGAGGAAUUCUGGGAUGGACGAGACUUGUGCACCCUUUCUCAGAGCGACAGGACUCUACGGCGGAAAGUGCAAGAUUUUUAUCAGAGGACAAGUUUGACUGCGUACUGCACAGCAUUUGCGUACCGACCACUCACAAGGGCUCCGGAUACCCACCUGUCCCAAACCUACCUUGAAUUGCCUUCGGAGAGCAAGUCUCUUUACGCCACCAACGCCCACAACACUGACACUUCCCUGGAUUGUGCUUCAAGUGCCAAGUCGGUGGAAUCUAUUCCAAAACAGCUGUCCAGAGCCGAUGACUGUUUCCAGCUUCAGUGCAAUCAGGUUUUCGUCGGAAUGGUAACCAUGCAGUAUCAAGCGCAGACAGACAUGGUGCAGUUAAUUGAACAACUAGAACGGGCGUGCAUACGAUUCGUGCACUUCAGCAAGGAGAAUGAGCUGCGGUCUAGAGUGUUUUCCGAGAAAAUGGGAUUAGAGAGUGGCUGGAAUUGCCACAUUUCUUUAUUAAGUGAGCGGUCUGGUUCCGAGUCUGGGAAUUCUGGUAGUUGGCAUAGCUCGCCAAGUGCAGUUAAUCUGCAGUCUUCUAGCGGCCCCACCCCUAGAGACUCGUCUCAUACUAGCCUACCUCGUUACGCUCCCACCCCACCUCGAAAGAGACAUGAAUCCACCAUCGAAGAAACUGAAACCGAAAGUCUGAUUCGCGAAAGACCAUUGGGCGAGGAAACAAAAGCAAUGAGUCUAUCGGCACCAAGUGCCAUCAACUUAGACUUUUACCAAGUGAAAUUCGACGCCGAGGACCUGAACAAACCCACAGAUGGCGUUGCUCAGCGCAGGGACACGAUUAUGAGCGACAAGAAGGGCAGCAAGGACAGCAUGUUCGUUCAGAGCGUGGACCUGACCUCUCAGCCUGACCCUUGUCGCUCGCUCUCUGUGCUCACUGACUCCACAGAGCAAAGUGCCCCUGUCAACUUUGACAUGUCCAAUAGAGCGAAACUGCCAAGGGGAAUCGAAAACAUUCGGCCCCAUUUGCAGCACAUUGACAACGUGCCUUUGCUUGUGUCCCUUUUUACCGACUGCACGCCAACGGCCGCCAGGGAGAUGCUGUCCAUCAUGCAGGAGCACGGCGAAGUCGUCUGCGCCAUGGGCAGCUCAGCCAACGCUGACAAUAUGAACAUUUUCAUGCAGGCUGACGCCAGCAUGGCUGUUGAGCCCCUGUAUCCGCAAGUUUGCCAAAGAGUUCCAGUGUUCAAACAUUAUUCAAGUAAGAUGAGUGGAAUUGCGCCUAUCGAGCUGAGCAGGUUACUCAACUCUGUCUCGUGCUCUGUGGGUUUUCUCAGGGAAGAACCAAUUUCAGUAUUUCACCUCAUCAUGGAGUGCCGGCACUUCAUGCAAUGCUUGACAAACUGUCUUCAGUUUUGGUUGAGCUCAAGUGUUGCAGUCAGCAUAAUUCAGUUGGUUGCGAUUAUUAGCCUCCUUCCUCCUCUUUUUACCGUUGGUCAAGUUUUGUGGGUUCAGUGCAUUGUGAUCCCAAUUUUAGCCCUCUCGCUAAUUGGCAAGCCAACUGACACGCAAAUAAUGCAGAGAGCCACUGGCAAAAAUCAAUUUUCUAUCAGUUCUGAGACCUGUUUUUUCGUCGCCUGGUUUUACGGGAGCAAAUUCAUUCCGGCCGGUAUCCUGAUUUUAAUUCUCUACGCUAGCUCCCUCUCAAAAUUGUGCCCGCUUCUGAACGGAGUCGAAUAUUGCUCACUGGUCUACCCGGUAAUGCCCCAAAACGGGACCGCGAACGCACUGUGGCAGGGCUGGGGAGCAAACCUGCAUUCCCUCACCGUCUUGCAGCACGCCUUGUGUCUCCUCUGGGUCAUCAACCUUGUCGUUAUUUCCAUCAGCUUUGUCCACCGAGAGAGUCCAAUUUGGAGAGCAAACCCGUUCAAAAACCGCCUAUGGGGGCUGGCAGUACUCCUUGUUGCUCUUCUUCAAUUUGCAUUUUCGGCUGCUACCAUGGGACCAAGAUUAGCAAACGACAGCAAAGAUAUCCCACCAGGUUUGGAGCAUGUCCCGUGGCCGAUAUACCUCUUGGCUGCUAUCUCGCCAUUUGCUGUUUUCCUCAUAAAUGAGCUUGUUAAACUGCAGGAAAUCAAAGCGAGUGUGAGACAACAGAAGAAGGCCCGUCUUGAAUUUGGUACAAAGUUGGGCAUGAAUUCGCCAUUUUAAUCGUCGACUAGUUUUCUGUCGAGAUUGCUUAGUCAUUACAAGUUCUUUCAUAUAUAUAUGAUUUUAGCAGAGCUGUAUUAAUGAUUGUUUGAUUGAAUUCUGUGACACGCAUUUUGUCAGGUUUUAAGUCAUGAUGGUUGAACGCGUUGAACGAUCCUCAGUUCCUUAGAAUUAUUUAAGAUAAAAAGACAUUUUGAUAUAGAUCCUAACUUAUGCGAGUUUUGUUGGCAGUAGUGAUCCUGUCAUCAAAGAUAACCUGCUCUGCUCAUAAUAUGUAUUUAUAGUCAGGUGAAUGUGUUGAAGAUAUGUAAUUUGAACUAUUUUUCAAAGAAAUUAUAAUAAUUAUUGUAUAGUGUACCUUGUGAAAUCAAAAUUUCUCUUUUAUUAGUAGUAUGAGGCUUACUUACCUCACAGUCCUAAAUGUGCAUUUCUUAAGAAAUCUUUGCAAAUAUAAAGUGUACAAAUCCAGA